GGUCCCUACUUCAAUACUUUACUCCCAUUGUAUCUUUCUCAUCUACGAGAAUCAAUUCGGAUUGGAGCCCACCAGAUUGUGGUAAUUCUGGCAGCCAUUACUGUUACAGCUGAAGAAGCAACAUAGCGAUUGGAACUUGGAAGUGUGAAGUAGGAACUGGGAAGGGAAGAUCUUCCUCAACAGUCAACAUCAACAUACCCAACUUAGUAAAAUUUCUAUAUAUCCUCUGAUUGUAAGAUCUUUCGAUUUCUGCACCUCUUUUUUUUUUUUCACUACACAUUGGUCUGUGGCAUGGGUCUUGUGGCCUUCCCAUUUCCGCACUCAACUCAUUAACUUUUGAAGGAACUCUACUCUCUGUCUAGUCUCUACUGUAAUACUGUUACGGCUUAAAAGGGUUGGUGAGUUUUUGGAAAAAGGUUUUCAGAGGGUUCUUUCAAUUUCUCAUUAAUUAAGGGCUUCAUUGCGCCAACGUACUCUACCUAUGUUUCUGCACAAUUAAACCAACAUUGAACGGUUUUAUCUUUCUGGGUCUCUCUCUUCAAGCUUCAGAACACAAGAUCAGGAUCUGGGCUCUUUGGAAAUCGUUUUCUGCAAUCCAAAAAGUGUUUUGGGUUGCAUUUUGGAAAACCCAGUUAUUAUUAUUGAAGAAAUCCGAGGUAGAAGACUGCAAAUUCUGGGUCAAAAAGGGUUUUCCUCUUUCCGAGCUUCUUUGAGUUUGUGCUGAAGAAAUAUAUGAUUUGCUGUUAAUUCAGCCGUGCUUGCUGGGUUGUGGGGAAUGUGCUUAAUCUCCUUGGCUUUGUCUCAACGAUAAUACUUGAUUUUUUCUAUCUGGUCCUUGUGAGUGAGAGGGUAUGGAGCUCAAGGAGAAGGUAGUGAGGUUUUUUCCUGAUGAAAAACAACACUCUGAUCUUCUGUGGGAGAGAACUAAUCCCCAGCACCCUCAAACUCCCUCGCCCCUGCACAAGGUUUCAUCUCCUCUGAUGAACUCUGAUGGCCCAUAUUCUGAUGCCCAUGACCCUGUUUAUAGCAGAGGUGGAGGUGGUGUCAGAAGUAAAAUUACUGGGAGUGUCAAACUUGGGAGGUCUAAAGUCUUUCCAGAGGACCAUGAGCCAUGGAGGAUGAAGUUACUUGACCCUGGCAGUAAACUUGUCUUACGAUGGAACAGGUUUUUCCUAUACUCAUCCUUGAUAGCUCUGAUUUUAGACCCAUUGUUUUUCUACCUUCCUGCUUUAGGGGGGGUCCCGGGGGAUGUGAGCACCACAUGCUUGGAGAUGGAUUUGAAUCUGGGGAUUGUCGUGACAUGUUUCCGAACAGUUGCCGAUUUAUUUUAUCUGUUGCACGUCCUCAUAAAGUUCCGGACUGCUUAUGUGGCACCUAUCUCCCGGGUGUUUGGGAGGGGUGAGCUUGUAAUGGAUUCUAAGAAGAUUGCGAGGAGAUAUUUAAGAGCAGAUUUCUUCAUUGAUCUGGCGGCUACACUUCCUCUCCCACAGGUUGUUAUAUGGUUUAUAAUUCCAGCAAUUAGAAGCUCCCACACUGAUCACACCAACAAUGCCCUUGCACUCAUUGUACUGCUCCAAUAUAUUCCAAGAUUUUAUCAGAUUUUUCCUCUUCAUUCAGAAAUUAUUAGGGCUAAUGGAGUUAUCACAAAGACUGCCUGGGCUGGGGCGGCAUAUAAUCUACUGCUAUACAUGAUAGCUAGUCAUGUUUUAGGGGCAUCGUGGUACUUGCUAUCAAUUGAGCGGUAUACAACAUGCUGGAAAACAGAAUGCAGAAAUGAAGUUGGCCCUUUAAAUUGCAGUCUUAGUUAUUUAGGCUGUGAUUUUUCGCAGAACAAUAAUCGCCAGAUUUGGGCAACCAAUACAGUUCUGUUUAAUAACUGUGACGCCAACAAUAAUUACUUCAAUUACGGAAUGUUUGGACUUGCACUGACUAAUAAUGUUGUCUCCUCAACAUUCCUCGAGAAAUACUUCUAUUGCUUGUGGUGGGGCUUACAAGUCUUAAGCUCAUACGGGCAGACUUUGUCAACAAGCACGUAUAUUUGGGAGAAUGUAUUUGCCAUAGUCAUUGUAAUUUUGGGUCUGGUUUUAUUUGCCCAUUUGAUUGGAAACAUGCAGACCUACUUGCAAUCCCUCAGUGCAAGGCUUGAGGAGUGGAGACUUAAACGAAGAGACACUGAAGAAUGGAUGAGGCAUCGCCAACUUCCUCAAGAUUUGCAAGAGCGUGUUCGGAAAUUUAUUCAGUAUAAGUGGCUUGCAACACGAGGAGUUGAUGAAGAAGCUAUCCUCCAUGCCUUACCUACUGAUCUCUGUCGAGACAUCCAACGCCACCUAUGUUUGGACCUUGUUCGGCGGGUCCCCUUUUUCUCACAGAUGGAUGACCAGCUACUUGAUGCCAUAUGUGAGCGCCUUGUAUCCUCCUUAAGCACUGAAGGUACCUACAUUGUACGUGAAGGUGACCCUGUAACUGAGAUGCUUUUUAUCAUCAGGGGAAGACUAGAAAGUUCAACCACCAAUGGUGGAAGAACAGGUUUCUUUAAUUCCAUUACUUUAAGUCCAGGUGAUUUUUGUGGUGAGGAGCUGCUUACAUGGGCUUUGCUUCCAAAGUCAACUGUUAACUUGCCUUGUUCCACAAGGACAGUAAGAGCGCUCACUGAAGUGGAAGCCUUUGCCUUGCAAGCAGAAGACCUCAAGUUUGUGGCCAACCAGUUUAGACGCUUACAUAGUAAGAAACUGCAGCACACUUUCCGUUUCUACUCUCACCAUUGGAGGACAUGGGCAGCUUGCUUCAUACAGGCUGCUUGGCGGCAAUACAAGAGGAGGAAGUUGGCAAAGGAUCUAUGCAUGCAGGAGUCCUUGUCUUUCUCUUAUCCAUUGGGUGAGCAAGCAAAUGUUGAGAGGGAACAAGAGGGAGAAGAGACUGCUGCUUCGAGUCCCUCUAGAGCAAAACAAAACCUUGAGGUCACAAUAUUGGCUUCAAGGUUCGCUGCAAACACAAGGAGGGGAGCUCAGAAGAUCAAGGGUGUUGAGAUUUCCUUACAGAAGCCUGAAGAACCUGAUUUCUUUGUCGAGGCUGACGAUGAUUAGGUUAUUCUACAAAUGGUACAAUAUACAAGUCUUACAUAUAGAUAGUCUGAUAUGAAUCUCAUAUAGGCCAAACCCCGUCCCAGCCAUCUAUCUACCUGUGACCCAACCCGGAGAAAAAGAGAGAGGGGGGGGGGGGGGGGAGUGCAAAGAAGAAAAGAGGGUAUUCCCAAACCAGUUGGACAAGCCAUGAUUCUAUUAUGACUGUGGUUCUCCCGUAUCAUAGUGAAGUGGAGUGGAAGCCUAUUCGCCCUUUUGGGGGGUUGUACAUGUAGAUACUGAUAUAGUGAUAUAUGUAACGCUUCAUACAUUUAUAAGCCUUCUAAUUUUACAAAUUUUCUUUAAA